AUGAUUUUCAUACUAGCCAGUUUAGUAUCGGUAGUGAUCGGUGUGGAACAUGCUACAGAUAUCGAAAUUCAUAAGGUCGAAGUAUACGAAAUCCCUUGGCAACAAGGGCCAUCUACUCCUGAGACUGCCUUCGGACCUUCCCCUCAAGAAUAUGGACCUCCGCAGCAGGAACAUGGAACCCCUCAACAGGAAUAUGGACCUCCUCAACAGGAAUAUGGACCUCCUCAACAGGAAUAUGGGUCUUUCGGACAAGGUUAUGACCUCCCGAAACCUGUCUAUGGAGCUCCUCCUAAACCAGUGUAUGGACCACCACCUCCAGAAGAAUCUGCGACUACAACAGAGUCUGCAGGCACUACAGAGUCUGCAGAUAGUACGACAACAGAAAUUCCAAUGACCAGUACCACAGAAUUGUCUGCUAACGAUACGGCGACCGAGGCAGCUAGAUUCCAGGUGAGGGAAGAUCGGAGAGAUAAAUUGGGAGAGAAAGGGGUGUACUAUGUUUACCACCCUGAUGGACUUCUUCAGAGGGUUAGUUACGUAACAAAAGAUGAUGCAAGGAAGAUGGACUACACUGCGAAGCUGAAGUAUGAGAAUGUUGAACCGAUAAGGGAACCAAUUUAUAGCUAUGAUCCAAAUACGCUUGUUAUUACUAGAAUCAGUAAGUGA